CGUUGAGAGGACGCUACACCAGCAUGUGUUGUCUCAAUCUUCUAAAAUAUGUAAGACACAUAGUGAAAACUUUUUUGUGUGCAAAAAAACUGAGAAAACUACAUUCAUAAUUAAGAAACAAAAUUUUCACCACAUAAAAAGGAAAACUUUGGUUGUGAAAUAUCGUUUUAAUUUUUUCGAUAUUAGAACUACAAAAAAAUUACUACCCAUUCAAGUUUGAAAAACACGAAAAUAAUUGAUUUUAAAACAAUAAGAACUUUAUCCGUAUAAGUGAUAUCAUUUCUAUUCUAAAUCAAUGCUAGUUACUAAUUAUUACAUAAAAACAAUUUCCUAAAUGACUCAUGUGGCUAACAUUUGAAAAUAAUUCAAUUGUUUCAACUGUAAUUACUUAUUUACAGGACGUACAAAGUUAUUGAGACACGACAAUAUAAACGGCGACAGGAUGGACCCCAAUUCAUUAAAAUCAUCUUACAACGCGUGUAAGAAGGCCCAGCUCGAUUUUUGUGGCUCGAUAGAAGUUCUUCACGUGGAUAUGAAAUCUUGUUGUACUCAGCUAUUUGAACUCAUCAAACUGAACUCGAACAACGAGAAUUUCGACCCAUUCGACGAUUACGACAUGAUGUACAACAAAGUGCAGGCCAUCGCCAGUGAUUUCGACUUUGAAAAAACAUGUGAGGUAGCUGCGUUAAACGGACACGUUAGUUGUGUAAUGUUCGCCCGCGAUCUCGGUUGCCCUUGGGGUGCAUCGACGACCGCAUCCGCGGCCGCGGCCGGAAGCCUGGACUGCCUUACUUACGCGCACGACAAUGGUUGCCCUUGGGAUGAAUCGACUACCACGUCCGCUGCCGUGUUCGGUCGUUUAAAUUGUCUCCGUUAUGCAAUUGAAAACAAUUGUCCGCGGGAAUUUUUGAUUUGCGCCGAGGCAGCGAAGCACGGACACCUGGAUUGUUUACAGUAUCUACACGAGCACGGAGUUCCAUGGAAUAGUUGGACCUGCAUAAUUGCUGCGUAUCGUGGACAACUCGAGUGUCUCAAAUACGCCCACCAAAACGGGUGUCCGUGGGACGAGUGGACGUGCUGCGCUUCCGCAGCGGGCGGAUUCCCUGAAUGUUUGAUGUAUGCACAUCAAAAUGGUUGUCGGUGGAAUGAACUCACGUUCUGCGGUAUCAUGUUCUCGCAGAAUAAGCAGUGUUUGCGGUACGCGUUGUCUAAUGGCUGUCCUUCUGCGACUAUGAGGUGCGCCGAAGGACCGGGAGAUGGGCGGUUGGACUGUAAGUUUAAGUUUGCGCCUGAUCACCGCUGUUUAUGGAAAAGAAAAAACAUUGAACUGUCAUUUCAUUUCAACAUCGAUUUAUCUCAAGACGAUGAAGCAAUUAUAAGGAUACAAAGACUUUUUGAUCUAUAAAUUAAUUUUUUUUUUUUUAAUAA